AUGACGCAUCUUAAGAAACAUAAGCUGAUCUAUAGCACGUACGAGUAUUGGGCGGAAAAACAAGUCUUACCAGAAUUCAGUGUCAACGCAUUCCAGAAACAUCCGCUUGCGGGGGGUAUCGGAUUAGGUGGUAGAGGAAAUGCCGGCGUUGAUGGAAAUGGCGGCAAUUUAGGUGUCGAUGGUGAUUGCGGCGAUGCGCUCAAGAGACGUAAGGUUCACAGAUGCGAUGUCGCCGGCUGCGACAAGGUUUACACGAAGAGUUCGCAUCUCAAGGCGCACAAGAGGACCCACACUGGCGAGAAGCCAUAUCAGUAUACGUGGGAAGGUUGCACGUGGAAAUUCGCACGAUCGGACGAGCUGACGCGGCACUAUCGCAAGCACACGGGCCAAAAGCCGUUCAAGUGCCAUCUCUAUCAGCGAUCGUUCUCGCGAAGCGACCAUUUGUCGCUUCACAUGAAGAGGCACUGAUGAAAAGGACCGUCCACAGAGUCGUGCGACGC